AUGGCACCGGAUUUCGUGAAGCGUUUUGUGGAUGUCGAUGAUAAAGUGUUCUUGGUGACCGGUGGUGCGGCAGGCGUCGGCGCUGGCUUGGUCAAGGCGUUGCUGUUCGAAAAUGCACGGCACGUCGCGUUUCUAGAUGUCGCUGACCGAGAAGGGGCCGCCCUGGAGGCCCAACUUAUAAUCAAGUUCGGUGCCCUGAGAGUGAAGUUUAUAAAGUGCGACGUAGGAGACGAACGUCAACUCGCUUCUGCAUACAAACAAGUGUUGGACAAAUACAAAAGGCUUGACGGUGUCAUAAACAGCGCUGCAGUGCUUAGCAUCGAUGAUAAUUCUUUCAACAGAAUGAUUGAUAUCAAUUUUACGGGCACAGUGAAUAGUACUCUGAAAGCGCUCGAUAUUAUGGGGGCAGAUAAAGGCGGUUCUGGCGGUGUUAUAGUGAAUAUAUCGUCCCUACUUGCUCUUAAUCUCACCAGCCAUUUACCUGUUUACGCCGCUACUAAAGCGGCGGUAUUACAGUUCAGCAUUAGAAUGGGCACGCAGGAACAAUUUACCCGGACUAAAGUACGGGUAUUGUCCGUAUGCCUCGGGCCCACUGACACUGCAAUCCUUUACAAGAACAACUUAACCAAGUUUGAUGCAGAGUACGCUCCGUGUUUGUCCUCGCGUGCCCCCGUGAGACAAAGAGUCGAGUCAGCUGUUAAGGGUAUUUUGGAGGUGAUCAACAAAGCGAGCACCGGAGAUACGUGGAUCGUGGAAAGCGACAAACCGGCUUACGAUUUCACUCAAAAUAUAUCCGAAGCCUUCCAAAUACUCUCCAAGACAUAG